AUGCCACUAUUUUCUAUGACGUCAUUGUUUCCGUCACCACAUGAUGUGUACUACAGAUAUUACGGUAGUUUGACGACACCUCCGUGUCACGAAAGUGUUAUAUGGACUAUAUUUAAGUCACCUAUUUCUAUUUCAAAACAACAGAUCAAUUUAUUCCGUUUACUUGGAAACCGUCAUAUAAAUAAAUACCGUGAUAUAGCUGACAAUUUUAGACCAUUGCAAGCACUUUAUGGCAGAAACGUAUUUACCAAUAACAUACGUGGAAUGCCUUCAAAAAGAGGCCAUAAAGCGAUGCCGCGCAUUGUGAAAAUAACUACAAGAAGAUACACGUUCGUCAAACCACGACGAAUAGUGUCAGAGACCAGCAGACGACAAUCUAACCUCGCUACUAGUCGUAAGCCCGUCAAACCACGACGAAUAGUGUCAGAGACCAGCAGACGACAAUCUAACCUCGCUACUAGUCGUAAACCAACCAUAAGACAAAUGUUUCCUAAUACAAGCAUUAUAACAGCACGCAAUAAAAAAUCAUUGGAUAAAUAUAUCAACAAACUAUCAAAGCAGCUUAAAACAGAAUUGCUUGGUGUUAAUGGACAUGGAGUACUUAACGGGAAACAGUUACGGAAUCGGGUAAAAGUUAAUGGAAAAGAUUACCAAAUAAAAUCCCCUGUAGUGGCUCUAUAUGGCAAGCAGUUUAUCCGGAUUCCAUACACCAACAAAAAAUUACUAACAAAGAAAUUUGGUAUCUACAGAAACAAUUACAUGUUCCACAACUCCAAUAAAGUUCAACAAAAACGAAAACAUCAACGUGUUCAAGGUUAUCAGACUCUAUAAGAGUAAAGGUGUUGAUUCAAAAAUGAAAAACUAAAAUAAUAAAUCAAUGCAGAUUAUUAUCGCAAAGGUAAAAGAAAUGUGCUUAUUACAUCGAUCCCGGGAAGUUAAGGGAAUUAACUCUGUUUAUAGAUGAGAUAAAAGGGCGUGAUCAGCAGUACAAUUAUACACAUAAGACAGAAAGCUAAACUUUUCGAUGACCCAAGUCACAGGAAAAGAUAUUUGAGAACACUUUCAAGUCGUUUCAUUUAUUUUAUAUUGACCAGUUAUUGAAGGCGACAUACAUGUAAAAGCAUCAACGUAUUCACCGCCA